CCGGAGGAAGGGAGGUCCCGACCCCUCAGAGCUAUUUCCUCUGAACAUCCAUGGGAGAGUAAAAUAAUUUGAAAGCUGCAUUCUAGAGAAAUUUAUCAUUUCUCUUAUGUGGAACAAUGCUGAAAUUUCAAGAAACUGCGAAGCAUGUCACUGUUGCCAGAUCUAAUUCUGCUUGCUCAGAUGCUAUGAUUGCAAGAAGAUACACUAUUGAGAGGAAACUUGGCAAUGGAAGCUUUGGAAGCGUGUAUCUGGUUUCUGACAAGAAAGCAAAACAAGGAGACAAAUUAAAGGUCCUGAAGGAAAUCUCUGUUGGAAACCUAAACCCUAACGAAACAGUUGAAGCAAAUCUGGAAGCACAACUACUCUCCAAAUUAGACCAUCCAUCCAUUGUCAAAUUUUAUGCAAGCUUUGUGGAGCGAGAUAGUUUCUGCAUUAUCACAGAGUACUGUGAGGGUGGAGAUCUAGACUUCAAAAUUCAAGAGUACAAACAAUCUGGGAAAGUAUUCACUCAAAGACAAAUAAUAGACUGGUUUAUACAGUUGUUACUUGGAGUCAACUAUAUGCAUGAAAGGCGAAUACUUCACAGAGAUUUGAAAGCCAAGAAUAUAUUUUUGAAGAAUAAUCUUCUUAAAAUCGGGGACUUUGGAGUUUCUUGUCUUUUGAUGGGUUCAUGUGAUCUGGCAACUACAUUUACUGGGACACCAUACUACAUGAGUCCAGAGGCACUGAAACACCAGGGCUAUAACACAAAAUCUGAUAUUUGGUCUCUGGGAUGCAUUUUAUACGAGAUGUGCUGUAUGGACCAUGCAUUUUCUGGACACAAUUUUUUGUCAGUUGUGCUAAAAAUUGUAGAAGGUGAUACACCUUCUCUUCCUGAUAGAUAUCCAAGCAAACUGAAUGCAGUGCUGAGCAGCAUGUUAAAUAAGAAUCCUUUGACGAGACCAGCAGCAGCAGAGAUCCUAAAAAUCCCUUAUGUUGAUGAACAACUAAAGAAUAUACAGUACAAAUACACAAAUAUGAAUGUGAAAGACAAGGGGCUUAACUGGCAGAAAGAAGCUGCUCCCAUUUUUGAUGCUGUGCAGAGGAAAGUUCAUUUGCAGACUCUACAGGAACUGUCUGAAGUUCAGAAAAUGACACCACGGGAAAGAAUGAGGCUGAGGAAGUUAAAUGCAGCAGAUGAGAAAGCAAAGAAGUUGAAACAGCUGGCAGAAGAAAAAUAUCAAGAAAAUAUCAAAAGAAUGCAAGAAUUCAGGUCCCGUAAUUUUCAGCAGCUGAAUGUCGAUGUCCUACAUGAAUCUGAUGAACAGACUUCAAAACUGCUAAUUCAUUCUGAGCCAGUCAUUACAUGUGACUCUGUGUCCGUAGGAUACGAUGAACAAAGUGGAAAUGAGAGAUCAAGUCAACUCUGCAUGUCUAAACUUACAGACCAUGAGAUCCCUGAAGACCCACAAAUUGCAGAAGAAUAUUAUAAUGAUGAGUUUGAAUCCUGUUCAGAAAGCAGUGAAGAGGAUGAGGAUGUGGAAGCAUCACAGACUGUCUCUAAGACAAAUCACCAGGACAGUGAUGUUGAGGCAAUGGUCAAGUAUUUGGAGAGUGUCCUGAAUAACAGCUCAUUCGGCUCGGGAACUGUCACCAGAGUGGCUCCAGGGACUCCCCAGGGAUUCAGAGCUCUCAACAGCACUAUGGCUGAGACCAAACUGAAACGCAUGAGGGAAUCUGCCAUCCAGAAGCUGGGAGCAGAGAUAUUUGAGAAAGUGUACACCUAUCUGAAGCAAGCAAGACAGCAAAAAGCCAGAGAGGAGGAGAUCAGGAGAUACCUGGAGAAAAUGGUUUCUAGAGCAAGUGAUUGCUUUGAGGUGGAUCAGCUUCUCUACUUUGAGGAGCAGCUACAGGAUUCGGAAGCACAUCUUCAGCUGUAAAAUGUUUGUCAGUAACAGUGCGGGAAGCAGAAAGGAGGACUAAAAGUGGUGAGCUGCCUUCUUCAGGUCAGCAAGCAAAUCCUAGAGGUGUUUGGAGGAAAUUACUGAGGGUAACUCAGUACACAAACAGGUGGGCAAACUCCUGGGGAGUCCAGUCUGUACAGUGAGAAGUGGGUAAAUAUAGUAUCAUUUGCAGGGGCGGGAAGAAAAACAGUUUGUGGCAGUGGAGUGGGGGAUUCACAGUUGUCAACAUCCCCUUUUCACCACUAACAGCAUUAAGAAAGCUAUUCUCCUGGGCACUGGCCAGGCUUAAUCCUGCACUCAGUCACUGGUGAAGCUGCCUGUGAUGGAAACGGUGCAGGAUUAGACUCCAGCUGCUGUUGAUUACUGUGCUAACCGGUCGUCAUGGCAUUUAAGCACAUCUUUUUUGUACUUUGGCAGACUUACCCUUGAAUACACACAUCUAUGCAUUGGGCUACUCAGCCAGAAAUUGUCUUAUCAUUCAUUGUUCAAAAGACUGCAUUUAAUCCAUGUGCCUUCCAAAUGAACUGUACAGAUACAAGCAUGCAUGUAUAAUUAUAUACAUAUAUGCAUAUUCAUCUACAUAGAGAUAGGUGUGUAUAUGCAUAGAGACAGAAAGGUGUUUGACCACAUCAUCAUAUAUGUUUAUGUGUAUAUAGACAGAGACACGAGGCCUGAGCUGUAGAUGACUGUGGUAGCUAGGAAUCCUUAUUGUGGAUUCUGAGAGUUUUAGAUCAAAUUCACUGUACACAGAUGGAACAAUAAACUAUUUUUUUGGCUUGCACGUGGACAUCGUUUUUUUGUUUGUUUUUCAUAGCAUUUAUAUUCCUUUCAUCCUAUGCAUCAUACGUUUGCUGAUUUCAAGUAUAUAUCAUGCUCUGAUACCUGAUUAUUUCCUUCUCCCUGUUCCUUCUUUAUUCUGCAUUCUGAGCUCCUUCAUCCAUCUACGUAAAACACUAACAGAAAAUAAAUUGGUAUGACAUAGAAGAAUCUC